AUGCUCACUGUAAGGCACUCGUGUGUUCUCCUCUUGAUGGUCCUGCCGGUUCUGACCAACAACCUCAGCCAGGAGAUAGACGUCUUGGUGUUUCUGCCACAAAACAACUCUUUCCUGUUUUCUCAAGCGCGAGUUGCUCCGGCGAUCCGUUACGCGCAGGACGCGCUGAGGACGCGCUUCCCCAACUUCCACUUCUCUCUCCACUUCGAGGACUCGGACUCCGUGAACCAGGCCGUGUUCACGCUCGCGGACAGAUCCUGCGGACGCAAGCCCGAUCUGAUCCUCGGCCCCGUGCGCGAGUACGAGGCGGCCGGGGUGGUGCGGCUGGCGUCCCACUGGGACAUCCCGGUGGUGUCGGCAGGUGCCCUGGCCGUGGCCUUCAGGAACAAGGACACGGAGUACUCGCACCUGACGCGGAUCGCGCCGUCCUACAUGAAGAUGGCAGAGAUCUUCUCCGCCAUGUUCGCGCGCUUCAGCUGGAGGAGCGCGCUGCUGCUCAUCCAGGACGACCUGAAGGAGCGCGACUGCUACUUCACCCUGGAGGCAGUCUUCCACGUGAUGGAGGACUAUUCUGUCAAAUCCCUCACAUUUUCUGAGGAGGAGCCCCUCGGAGGGGACGAGAUCGUCCGGAACAUGCACGACACAGAAGUGGUGAUCAUGUGUGCUGGAGCAGAGAGAAUUCGAGAGAUAAUGCUCAUGGCUCACAAACAGCAGCUGACCAAUGGAAGUUACAUGUUUUUUAACGUUGAUCUCUUCAACGCCUCCUCUUAUGGUAAUGGUUCGUGGAGGAGAGGAGAUGAAUAUGAUGACGAUGCAAGGCAAGCCUAUGCUUCCCUGAAAACUGUGACACUGCUCCGGACCGUCAAGCCUGAGUAUAGGAACUUCUCCAUCAAAAUCAAAAAGUCCAUGGACAGAGUUGGACUACAUGACUGCAGUGACUGUGGAAAUGUAAACAUGUUUGUUGAGGGAUUCCAUGAUGCCAUGUUGUUGUACGCUGUUGCGUUACAUGAGGCCAUGAAGGAUGGAUACAACAAGAAGAAUGGCACUGAGAUCACCUCACACAUGUGGAACAUGACAUUUGAAGACCAUGAAGAAAGACUGAAGUUGUGCAACUUAAAAAACUACAAGAUUAUCAUUCAGCGCCGCGCACACAGUGAAGAGCCUUACUGUGGGAAGCACCACCAGUUACAGGAGGACUCCAUGAAAGCCAACUCUUCAGCAGCUUAA